GGAGGUCAAGAGUGUUCUAAAACUCAAUGCUACGAUGAUUUAUUCUGAGGUCGUGUUGCACUUCACUUCUUUCCUCCUUCUCGAAAUCAACACACGAGACACUGAGCUUCUCCAUCUCUCCCACCAACCCUAAUAUUCCCCCUACUUUAUCCACAAACCAAUCCAUUCCCAUAAUUAAUCUCGAAAUCAACGAGAGAGAGAGAGAGAGAGAGAGAGAGAGAGAGAGAGAGAGAGAGAGAGAGAGAGAGACCAUGAGAAACCCAGGUCCAGCUUCAGCUUCAAGGGGCAACAGCACAAGCACAGCAACGCCAUGUUGCAGCAAGGUGGGGAUAAAGAGAGGGCCAUGGACGCCGGAGGAAGACGAGGUUCUCGCCAGCUACGUGAGGAGGGAAGGCGAGGGACGGUGGCGGACCCUCCCGAAGCAUGCCGGCCUCCAGCGCUGCGGCAAGAGCUGCCGCCUCCGCUGGAUGAACUACCUCCGCCCCUCCGUGAAGAGAGGCCAGAUUGCUCCUGAUGAGGAGGACCUCAUCCUCCGCCUCCACCGCCUGCUUGGAAACAGGUGGUCUUUGAUAGCUGGAAGAAUCCCGGGCCGCACCGACAACGAGAUCAAGAACUACUGGAACACCCACCUCAGCAAAAAGCUCAUCAGCCAAGGAAUUGAUCCCCGGAAUCACAAGCCAUUAUCGAACCAUAACCCUAGUUCUUCACCAGCAGCCCAUUUACAAAAUACUUAUAAUGCUUCAACAUUCACAUCGAAAGCAACUUACCCCAAUCCUUCAGUACCAGUGGAAGAAACCAGCGACGAGAACAAUCUGAAAGUGGUGGACGGCCACCUGGGGCAGCCUCAAAACAGCGUUGUCCAAGCACACAACAACGACAACUGGCAAAAUGUGGAGGGACUCACGAUGAUGAACAGCUUUGGCCAGAGUUAUGCUGAUCAUAACUGCCAUAACGAGGACAUAUUCUCUUCAUUUCUGGAUUCGCUCGUGGAGGAUGAGUACACAAAUCAGUAUCACCGCGGUCUGACUGCCACUGUUCCAGCGCAGUUUGUGCCCGCGGUUUCCUUCGCUUCCGCGGCGAGCUUCAAUCAUGGGAAUGCUACCUGGGAGUUACCAGGACUCAGAUCUGAAAUGGAAAGCCUCGGUGAUCAACACAAUGCGGUUCCCUACAAUAACCACCUACCGUGACACGCCACCGAAUCUGUGAAGAUUAAGGAUCAAUACCUACUAAAUGUGAAUCAGCUCUGAUCAGAUAGGUUUAUUAAUUCUUGUUUCAUCUUAUUAUAUAUCUACAAUGAACAUCUCUGGUACUUGCUGCUCCACUUAAGCUCGAGUGUCUUUGUUUUUCAAGCGACACUAGUGUAGUAGGAGAUAUUGGGUUGUGCUAUGUUGUGUUGUCAACAAAAUUUAAUGAAACAUUAUUGUUUUACCUUUACCGAUUUUUAUGAUAAUGCGUUUGAUGUAA